AUGAACACUGCUAGGCUGGGGUUCCCUCUGUCCGGUGGCGCCGCAUACGUCUUCGCCAAGAGGAGCAUCAACGCCGACCGUCAGUCCCGCCUUGAGCAGCAGCGCAAGAAGAAGGACAUGAUGGAGUCCAUGGAAUACGGCUCCAAUGUCCCCUCCCGCCCCCUCUCUUCCUCUGCAAUGGGCGGCUCUGCGAUGACCGGCAACGGUAACAACGGAAGCCCGGCGCGAACCGACACAGCAGGAUCGCCGAGUCAAGAGUCGAGCGCCGACCCCGCGCCAACGAGACAUGCGCCGACUACGGAGGGACAACGAGUGUUUGAGAAGAGUAAAUACGAGAGUACCGCGCCAUUCAGAAGUCCCAAGGGCGAUCGGUUCUCAUAA